AAUCCGUAUGAAUGAAGCCCUCGAAUGUGGAAGCUGGGCUCACCUUGUGUAUGGUGUUUGUCAUGAAGUAGGCGUGGAUAAGUUGGCCAAAAAUUGGUAGGCGCCGGAAAUGAGAACUUCUAAGGAGGGUGAAGGAGUGGUUGGAAGCAAAAGGAGGUUGCAAUUAAACCAGGGGUAUAGUGCUGAUUACCCGCCUCAAAUGGCUGGGCAAGUAAGGGGGACUAUGGUAUACCCUCAGCAGAACUACAACAAUGGGGUAUCUGUUCAACAGUUUCAGUCAUCUGGAAGAGUAAGUGGAGUUGUUGCCACAAAUUUGUUUCCCUCAGGACAGACAGAAAUUCACAUGUCUGUGGGUGGGAUUCGUAUGACCCCGGAGGGUGGUGACGUACUUUUGUCCCAAGACCGUUGUGGUAUAUCAAUGUCACAAAACAUAUCUGGUGGUCCAAUUGCCCAAAACCUAUCCGGUUUACACAUGUCCCAGAACAUUAAUGGUGUGCAAAUGUCGCAAAACUUGAGUGGAGUGCAAAUAUCUCAGAUGUCGCAAAUGUCCCAGAAUGCUGGUUCCAUUCGUUACUUCACCAGUAACAGCAGCAGCAGAGGUGGAAAUUAUCAAGAGGCCGGGACUCAUUGUAUGCCUGCAAAUCAUAACCAGCACCGACAUAGUUUCCAGGUUGUGAACGAAACCUCCCAUGCGGAUCACCAUAGUUAUCAACCAACUACUAAACACUUGUUGCAGUCCAAUCCGGGUUUUUUAGUCAAUGAGGGUGGGUGUGGAACGCAUUCUAUACAUGGCGCCAGUGGUAAUCCAGUAUUCACUCAAGACCUGCUCGGUUGUCAUGACCUUACGAAGAAUUAG